AUGACGUCCGUCGAGCUUGUCUCAAAUCCCACAAAUGAGUUGAGUACACAUCGGUGGACGGUCAAUGGCUUGAAGCACCUAAACCGCAAGAACAAGCUGAGUUCCCUGCCAUUUUGGGCGCCAAACCCCGUUAUGAAGAAGCAUCAAUUUCGUUGCGUCCUCAUCCGAGGAAUGUUGGCGAGGGGUCGGGCGGAUGAUGACCACAUCGGGUUGCUUCUCGAACUGAUUCCACCCCCGACGGGUGACGAUACGACAUACCCGGGUGGAUGCUCCAUCACCGUCCGAGUGGUGAACCGCGUGCAUGAGUCCGGCAUCCACAACAUAGAACAGACGGAAACGGUUGUAUUUGCGCCAGGGCAGCUGCAGGCGUGUUUUCCUGAACUCAUCCCUCCAACGAUCCUUAACAACCACGAGUUUGUGGAGGGGGAUGGGAUGUCAUUGUUAUUGGAGCUAACGAUACAAACUGGCGUGAAUGUAGCAGUGGAAUGGGCCAAUAAGACCGUCUCUAGGGUCUGGGAUGCCGUUUGCGACUCGGUGAACAAGGUGGUGCGGAAGGUGACAAAGGCGUACGCCGAGACACGGGAGGAGUACGGCACGAGUGUAGUGAAGGAAGAGCCACAAAGUGUGCCGUGGGACAUUGUGCCGGAGAAUUGGGUUGGGAGGGAGAAGGAGUGGCGCCACCUUAUAUCGGAGCAAAUUGUGGAGGAUGAGGGGACAUUUCGUUAUGGCCCCAACAGAGGCUUCUCAAAGGAUGAACAGGCCCUUUUGCUGCAGUGCGGAAUCAACCAGCGUCUUAUUACAAACGCACACGCACAGUUUGACUACGACCGCGACGUCCACGCGGGUUUGUUGGUCCCGCCUGGAAUACGGCAACAGCGCUACAAACUGGUUCCUGGAAAGAUAAAGGAGGAAGUAUUUUGGGCCAAUUAUUUCUGGAAGGUGGCUGCGUUGGGUCUGUGCAAAAACGAUGAACAGGUGCGAAUGCUAGUUACUGUCCUCAAUGCACCACCCGCAGUAAAGGCACGAGAUAUUUCUUCCAUUGGGAGCGUGGACGAGAAGACCGUCCUUGAACAUAUAAAAAUUGCUCAAGAAACGGCCGACAUGCUUGUGGAGUAUCUCACAGAUGAGGCGCCGUAUGGCGAGAUGUUAGUGGAGGCGGCAGCCACCUCUUGUCAAGGUCAAGUCAAGCAAUUAGAUGGUUACUUUAAACGUACAGACUUAUCGGAGGAAACACUAAAAAUGACGGGUGUUGUGUUAAGACGGCUGCGGGAGCGACUUGUUUUGUACGCGGAGUGGAAGGAGAAACACCCUGUCCCUUUCAUUUUACCAAAAGAGAGUGAAUGCAACGAUUAUCAUGAGGGUCAAGGCACCGCUUCUGCGGAGCCAUUAGACUCUAUUCAUGCUUCUGUUUCAAGCAAAAGCGAAGCGAAACAAGAAUUUACCGCUGAUUCCAGGGAACCCCAUGCGACAUCAACGAAUCCGCCAAAGGAAGCGGGUGACCCCGCAAGGGACAAGGUGGAAUUUCCACUGAUGCCAUGGGAAGAAGAAGAGGCGGAGGAGCAGAAACGGAAGAAGGAAGAGAAGAAAGACAAAUAA